UCUCGGCGGUUUCAUAAUAAGAAAGAUGGCGGUGCACUUCGCGCUAUUUUAUGUUUUGAAAUGUUUGCAUCAGUCACCGAUGAAUCAUAACUAAUACAUGAGCAUUUCCGUGACAUUUCUUUCUUUCACGCACAAGGAAGCAAACUGCCUGUGAUCCACAUCUGGGCUGAUAUAAGCAUUCAAUCAUGUCAGCUAAAACUGAGGCAGCUGGACAGGUCCUAACCAGAGCAGUGAAAUACGACAACGAAGAAAAAUAUGCAGAGUCCUUGAUAUGUUAUCAGGAGGGGAUACAGCUGCUGCUGGACGCGCUGCGCUCCAUCACCGGCGACGGCAAGCGGCAGAAGCUGCGGCAGAAAAUCAGCGAGUACAUGGACCGUGCCGAGGUGAUCAAGCAGCGUGUCGAGCAGCUGAAGGCCGCUGGCUCCUACCACGAGCAGAUCCACAUCGAGAACAACUCGACGGGCCACAGCUACGAGCGUCUGUUCGCGCGCUUUCUCGACGACGACGUCGGCGUCGUCGAGGUCGAGGACCCGUACGUGCGCACGCCGAACCAGAUCUACAACCUGCUGCGCUUCUGCGAGCUCGCCGUGAAGCGCUGCCCGAACCUCGGCAAGGUGUCGCUGAUCACGGGCCAGGAGAGUGACCGUGACACCUACCAGCAGCACCAGCGGCUGGAGGAGCUCGCGCACAGCCUCGGCGAGCGCGGCGUGAAGCUCGCCGUGCAGUACUCGGCGACGCUGCACGACCGCGAGAUACGCGUCGACAACGGCUGGAUCAUCCAGAUCGGCCGAGGGCUGGACAUCUACAAGCCGACGGAGAGCAAGUUUGCGAUCGGGUACUGCGACUACGAUCUGCGCAAGUGCCACGAGACGACGGUCGACAUUUUCCACAAGAAAAACGUGAAGAACGGAAAGUGACCGAACUCAACUGUGUGUGUGUGUGUGUGUUAGGGUAUUUGUAGUUUGUGAAAAGAGUUGGUUAGAUUAAGGUACUGCUCAUGAGAUUAAUUUAAAAUCCUAAAUCAAAAUUUGUUUAAAUAAUUUUGCAUUUAGGAACGGACGAGGAAGUUGUGUUUGGUUACAAUGCAAAAAUAUUUAAUCUGUCAAGUAUAACAAAACAAAGUUAAAGAACCAAGGCAAUGUGAUGUAAACUAUAAAAAGAAUUCAAUGUGAAAUAGUUUUGUAUUAUUUGUUAGACAUUCCAUAUGUGCUUCAGUAUAUGUUCUGGCUUUUUAGAAUAAAUUGUAUAUAAUAUUUAGGGAAAUCGUAGCUCAAUAUCAACAUGCAUAGAUUAUCUUCAUUAUAUUUAUGUAUGGUGCAUUUCAUGUAAUAUAUGUGUAAUAGUGCAAGUGGCUAGAAUAAUCAUAGGGCACCCAUCAUUUGUACUUUUUAUAUGUGUUUCAAUUGAUAAUAAAUUUAAUCACGUAAAUAUGUAUAAUAAAAUA